GUGAUUAAUCGGGAUCUACAGCUGUUUGCUCUCACACACUUCUAAGGAGCUCAACACCUGGAGAAUUUGCGCCAAAACCUGAUAUGAGGGGAUUAUCCCCAGGCUUCAGACACACCAGAUAAGGCAGACAGACAGACAGACAAACGGGCUGGACACAAAGACCAACCACACAGACCGACAGACAGACAGACAGACAGACAGACAGACAGACAGACAGUCUGAUGCCAACUGCCUCCACUGUGAAUCUCACAGGACCACUCCUCCUGCUGUUGCUAUGGGCAACUCACCACGCCAUGGCAACCAACUGGCUUUCUCUAGCCAGGUUGCCUCGCUCGCGGCCAGUGUCGGGCACCGGCCCCUGCGGACGCUUGCGGGGCUUGUCGGCGGGGCAGGUGGGGGUGUGUCGAGCCCGUGGGGAGGUCAUGGAGUCCGUGCGCAAGGCGGCUGAGAUGGUGAUCGAAGAGUGUCAGCACCAGUUCCGGAACCGCCGCUGGAACUGUUCCACUACCCCACGCGGAGUAAACAUCUUCGGCCAGGUGAUGAACCAAGGCACCCGUGAGGCCGCCUUUGUCCACGCCCUGGCCUCAGCUGCGCUGGCAGUUGCAGUUACGCGAGGCUGCAGCCGGGGGGAGCUGGAGAGGUGCGGCUGCGACCGGAAAGUCAGGGGGGUGAGCCCAGAGGGAUUCCAGUGGUCUGGAUGUUCAGAUAACCUGUCGUACGGCGUGGCAUUCUCCCAAACGUUUGUGGACGAGCCGGAGCGUGCCAAGGGCCUGUCGUCAGGGCGACCGCUCAUGAAUAUCCACAACAAUGAGGCAGGGAGGAAGGCCAUCCUGCACAACAUGCAGGUGGAGUGCAAGUGUCAUGGUGUGUCGGGCUCCUGUGAGCUCAGGACCUGCUGGAAGGUCAUGCCUCCAUUCCGCCGCGUGGGAGCUGUGCUGAAGGAACGCUUUGACGGCGCCACUGAGGUGCGCUUGUCUCGCGUGGGUUCCAGAACAGUGCUAUUACCCAAGGACUCCCAGGUCAAGCCACCUGCAGCCCGGGACCUGGUCUACCUGGCCGCCUCACCUGACUUCUGUCGCUUGGACCCCGACAACGGUAUCCCAGGAACCGCUGGCCGCCGCUGCAAUGGUACGUCCCGGCUGGCCCCAGAUGGCUGUGAGCUGCUGUGCUGUGGGCCCGGGUUCCGAUCAGGCCGGGCCGAGGUGGUGCAGCGGUGCUCCUGCAAAUUCUCCUGGUGCUGCUCAGUCCGCUGUCAGCAGUGCAAGAACACCAUCCUCAUUCACACCUGCAAUAAGUAG